AGUUUGAUGAACGUUUCCCAGUGUUUUUUGUGUGCUGAUUAGUUACAAUUCUUAUGAAAUAAUUUCAUUAAAAUUUUUUAAAACCAACAUAAUCUAAUGUUCCGCAAGCGUUAAUCAAAUUCGCGUAAUACUAGAACAUAUUUUAAGCCGUUGAGACCUGGUACGAAACACAGCCAAGCCAAGCCAAGCCAAGCCAAGCGAAGCGAAGCCAAGCCAAGCCAAGCCACGCCAAGACAUAAGCAAUAGCAACAAUAAGAACAGUAAGAAAACGGGAUUCAGCCCAUUCCGUAGGAUCUAAGCAAUGGCCAACAUGUCAAUCCUACGGAUCAAGCGUGAGCUUAAGGAGGUUAUGCGAGGCGACGAGAUAAUCCAGGGCAUGAUCAAGAUCGAAGUGGUUAACGACAACUGGACGAACUUGCGCGGCGAGAUUACGGGACCCAGCGACUCGCCCUACGAGGGCGGCAAGUUUGCGCUGGAGAUAAAGGUGCCAGAGACGUAUCCGUUCAAUCCACCCAAGGUGCGUUUCACGACACGCAUCUGGCAUCCAAACAUUUCGGCUGCAUCGGGCGCCAUCUGCCGGGACAUACUGAAGGACAAUUGGGCAGCGGCGAUGACGUUGCGCACGGUGCUGCUCUCGCUGCAGGCUCUGCUUUCCGCGGCCCAGCCGGACGAUCCGCAGGACGCUUGCAUCGCCUACCAGUUCAAGGCCAAGCCCGAUGUGUUCCAGCUAACGGCCAAGCACUGGACCAACGUGUAUGCUGGCGGGCCGCACGUCUUUCCCGACUGCGACACGAAGGUGCAGUAUCUCAAGGAAAUGGGUGUAGAUGAGCACGAGGCGCGCAUAAUGCUCUCCAAAGAGAAUUGGAAUCUGGAGGGUGCCACCGAGCGGCUGUUUCAUUGAAACCAAGAGAAACAAAA